AUGGCCUCCUCUCUCACCGACUCGGACAACACUGCGCAUGACCUAACAAAAAGUGUUACCGAUGAGGCAAUCACCAACACAUACUCCCGAGACACCCCUCAGGUAUGGAAGGGUGUGUACGCAUCAACAGAAGGCCAACAAGUUGUAGCCGUGAAAGUCAUGAUACCAAUAAUGGAUUGUCCACAUCAUGAGGCGGGGGAAGCAACUCGGCGCCUCCUAAAGGAAGUUGUAUCAUACUUGAACCUCAACUUGGCCCAAUUUAUUGGUUUUUGUUACGAGGAGAUGCAAGGUUGGAUGCACGUCCCCUGUCUGAUAACUCCGAGUCCGUUCUAUGAGAACGGGUUGGAGAACAUCGGAAACGAUCAUAUCAAGCCUCUCAAGCCUCAGGAUGCUGCAACUCUUAACCUAAGAGUGACCAUACAGCUUAACGAUGUUUUAAAUGGAUUAACUUAUCUGCAUGACCAAAAUAUCGUUCAUGGCAACCUCAAACCCACAAACAUUUUCAUUGACGAUCAAGGCAAUGCAGUGCUAGUGGGAUUUGAGCUCACUCCGAUGCCCUGGGUGAGGGCAAGGGACAGCAAGAUGGGUGCGUCGUGGGAUUCGGAGCGCUACUUGGCGCCCGAGUUGCUGUCAACGCCAAAGCCAACAUUAUCAUAUUCAUCAGACGUCUGGGCAGCAGGGAUGGUGGGUCUACAAAUUCUCUCUGGAAAUAUCCCGUUUGUGGAAUACGAAGAAAUUGGCGAAGUCAUCAACACUUUGAAGAAGAAAAAAAUACCCGAGGAGGCGCAUUACCCUGACAUUCCGGCAGAUGCAUGGUCUCUGUUUUUGUGUUGUUGGGUUAUGGACCCGAUCACACGACCGGCUGUGAAGAAGAUAUUGGAAUACUUUGAAUUCCUGUUUUUAGCCUUGUUGAAUUCCAAAGCUUGUGACCAUUUUCGGUUGCUUGGUUCUUGGCUUGGUUGA